GCCAAUUCCAUUGUCGUAGGAAGAUUUAUAGAGGUCCCUUAUCUAGUAAGAAACUAUGAGCCACUCUGAGUGGACAGGGAGUGUUAAUGACAGGAGUGUAGAAACGGUGGGAUUUAGAGGCACCCGACAUAAAGCCACCAUGAGUCGGUAGACGUGGCUGGAGCAGAAGGGGAUGUCUGACGGUGCAAAGUGGGCCGUAAGGCAAUAGCCCUCCCUUUUUGAAACACACAAUUCCCCACCAUGGAGUAGGGGGAGGUAGGGCGCGCAGGUCUUUGUUAGGGAAGCAAGCCUCUGAGUGGAAGGCUCUGACGCGCGCUCAGCUCCACUGGGCAAAUGGCAGGGGCGUGUCCACGGCCGCUGAAUUUGCUUAGCUUCCUCUUCAUAAGACGGGAAAGCGCCCUCCACCCCCUCAUUCGUUUCUGAGAAGCAACGAGACAUCAGCAUCAUGCCCGAGCCAGCAAAGUCCGCGCCCAAGAAGGGCUCCAAGAAAGCCGUCACCAAGACAGCAGGGAAAGGCGGCAAGAAGCGCCGAAAGUCGAGGAAGGAGAGCUACGCCAUUUACGUGUACAAAGUGCUGAAGCAGGUCCACCCCGACACCGGCAUCUCCUCCAAGGCCAUGGGAAUCAUGAACUCGUUCGUGAACGACAUCUUCGAGCGUAUCGCCGGAGAGUCCUCUCGCCUGGCCCACUACAACAAGCGUUCCACCAUCACCUCCAGGGAGAUCCAGACCGCCGUGCGCCUGCUACUCCCCGGCGAGUUGGCCAAACACGCAGUGUCCGAGGGCACCAAGGCCGUGACCAAGUACACCAGUUCCAAGUAAACAGCCCGUUUGGAGUGCUGUACUAACCCAAAGGCUCUUUUAAGAGCCACCCA